CCGGAACAGCAACAUCUCUUCUCCAGUUUCUUUUCACUGUCCAGUUUUCUUCUCUUCCUCUCUAGCGAACGAAAAACCAUAGAAAACGUAUAUACCAUCAAACCCUCGUUUCCCCGAAUUACUUUCUUCACUAGAGUUAUCCCGUUUACCGAUUGAACGACUACCAUCUAGUCGCCGCGACCUGAUAGUCUUCGCUGGCCAUCAGCUCCGACUUCCAGGUCGACGACUACCGUUCCGUCAAUGGAAGAGUACCGCCGUUGAAUCGGGCCAGCCAGACGUCGACGCAGCAAGAAAGAGAUUAUAUACGUGCAGACAGACCGAGAGAUCUAAAGGGCAUUCGAAAUUUUUGAGUUUUUGAUGCUGUAAUGGGUGCCGCUGGUUCCAAACUCGAGAAAGCUCUCGGCGAUCAGUUCCCUGAAGGCGAGCGAUACUUCGGCCUCGAGAAUUUCGGCAAUACCUGCUACUGCAACAGCGUCUUGCAGGUUCCCUCUUCUCCCCAUUUCCCCAUUCCUCGUCUGUUUGGCUGGUUGUCUUUUGUGCGAGUUUCGACUUAUCCAAAUUCUCCCCAAAACAGCGUCUUUCUGAACCCCCAAUAGGCUUACUCCCGUGGGUUUUCGGGUUCUCUGCAUAGGUUGCUAGCUGAAAUCUCCAAUAAACGUUUAUGCUCUUCGUGGAAUAGAUGAUAGUGGAAAUCGUGAUCAGGUCAAGAGUAUUAUUGUUUUGAGCUAUAAUUGAAUUGGUUGAAAUCCAGUUUCUGGGUUUCGAAUGAAGUCAUGAUUUACCCUCGGAUAGAUAGUAUGUUCGUGCAUUGUCAAUUGGAUAUCCAAAAAUUGAUGAAUGAUGCGUGAAUAUUCCGCACUCUCGUCGCAAUUUUAUAGAUACUUAGUUUCUCCAUAUUCUCAACUUUUGGCACCAAUGUUCUUCAUCGCCCAAUUUCUCACUUCUCGUUUUCUUCCUUCAUUUCUGCAGGCUCUAUACUUCUGUGUACCAUUCCGGGAACAAUUGCUUGAGUACUAUGCAAUUAAUAAAUCCACUGGGGAUGCAGAAGAGAAUCUCUUAACAUGUUUGGCAGACUUAUUUACACAGGUGAUUGUUUGAUCAAAUAUUUUGCUUCUAUCAUAUUCUGUUUUGCACACCAUGUUGACAUUUUAAGGAUAUUGAAUUGUUGAUGUUUCGUCCAAAAUAAUGAUAGACCUCUCCCGCUUCAUUGUUCUAUGGGGUUAUCUAUUAAGGCAGGAUAUCUGUAUGUGAAUGGGCCCCCUCUCUGAUUUCUCCCUAUAUUCUAAAGCAAAUAGCAGUGUUUUGACUGUGUUAUCUAGCAUCAUUGCUGGAUUCUGGUGCAUUUGGAUUGGUUUACUUAGCUCCUACUUCAUCGGUUGCAAGGCUCGAGAGGCCUAUUAUGCUCACUGCUUUUCUUCUCUUCUGUUUUUAGUGGAACAUGACCUACUUCACAUGAUGAUUUUUUUCUUGUCCAUCUCUUCCUGCACCUCCUAGUCAUUAGCAUUCUGGAUUAAUGUUAUAUUUUCUCUUCUCUGUAGAUAAGCUCACAAAAGAAGAAAACUGGUGUCAUUGCGCCCAAGCGAUUUGUCCAGCGAUUGAAAAAACAAAAUGAGCUUUUCCGUAGCUAUAUGCACCAGGUAUACCUUCCAUCUUUCAUGCAAUUAUCUCGAGGUUCGUCCUGAAUAUAAUACUUGGUUUUCUUAGCCAUUUGUAAUAUUAAGGUCUAAUGAAACUGUUGGUUUUGUAGGAUGCUCAUGAGUUUUUGAAUUUUUUGCUCAAUGAACUUGUUGACAUUCUGGAGAAAGAGGCGAAAGCUGUUAAAAGCGAUACAGAAACUUCAUCUCCACCUGAAAAGACUGCAAAUGGCUCAAAGAGUGUGCUGCCGAAUGGAGUUUUGAAGGAGCCUUUAGUUACUUGGGUGCACAAGAAUUUCCAGGUGAGAUUCGUUAGUCGUGCAUAGUCAGAUAUGAUAAUUACCUUGUUGGAAAACAAACGCUGAUAAUGUUAUGCAUUGAAGUCACCUUAGUUAUUUUUCUGUAUCAGGGAAUACUUACGAACGAAACUAGGUGCCUGCAGUGUGAAACAGUGACAGCUAGAGAUGAGACCUUCUUUGAUUUGAGCCUUGAUAUAGAACAGAACAGCUCAAUAACCAGCUGUUUGAAAAAUUUCAGUUCAACUGAGACUCUGAAUGCAGAAGAUAAAUUCUUCUGUGACAAGUGCUGCAGGCAAGUUAUUUUACUUGCAUAAUCUGGCAUUUGUUCUUCCAUGGAUGUUUACUUCAUUGAAUGGUUAACAAUGCUGGUGCUAGUUUCAGCUACUUGGUCUCGAACCUUCUCGGUCCCAUUGACCCAUUGAUUCAUUCUUCCUCUUUCGUUGGCCUGAGCCAUGGGUUAAAACUGACACUAGUUCUUAUGGGCUCAGUUGCAUGACAGUCUCCAAUGCAAUUUAAGUUUUAGUCUAAAUUUUCUAUUGAUGAGUAGAGGCAUCUUAUCAUUUUAUCAACUGCUUCGAAUGGUAAUUGAAAGCACCUUGUUCUGUACAUUCUGUGUCAUUGCAAACUGAAGUUGUCUGGCCAUGUAUACACAUUUUUUUCUUAUUCUUUCACAAGUCCCCAAAAUUUAUUGAUGGUAAAUUUGGUUUCUGGUAGCGAUCAAUAGAGUGGAUGAUGUAUAGUAACUGUUUGUAUGCAAAAAUGAUGUGUGUGCAGCUUGCAAGAAGCUCAAAAGAGAAUGAAGAUAAAGAAGCCGCCUCAUAUUCUGGUGAUCCACCUCAAGAGGUUUAAAUACAUUGAGCAAUUGGGUCGUUACAAGAAGCUGUCAUACCGAGUAGUGUUCCCCCUCGAGCUGAAGCUGAGCAAUACAAUGGAAGAUUCAGAUAUCGAGUACUCGCUCUUUGCUGUGGUUGUACACGUCGGGAGUGGGCCCAACCAUGGUCACUACGUCAGCCUUGUGAAGAGCCACAAUCACUGGUUGUUCUUUGACGACGAGAAUGUUGAGAUGAUCGACGAGUCUGCCGUGCAGACAUUUUUCGGUUCAGCACAAGAGUACUCAAGUAACACGGAUCAUGGGUAUAUUUUGUUCUACGAGAGCAUCACCGCCACAAACAAGAGCUAAACUAGGAGAGAGAAAGAAAGGUGGUCUAGAUGG